AUGGCGGCCAUGGGGUCCGGAGGCUACGCGCGGAAUGAUACAGUUGAGAAGCUGCCAUCAGUCAUGGCGGGAGUUCCGGCGCGGAGGGCCCAGUCUUCUCCGCCCCCGGCUCCACCGCUCUGCCUCCGGCGGCGGACGCGACUCCCGGCGGCUCCCGAGGACACGGUGCAGAAUCGGGUAUCACUGGAGAAGGUGCUUGGCAUCACAGCCCAGAACAGCAGCGGCCUAACCUGUGACCCCAGCACAGGCCACGUGGCCUACCUGGCAGGCUGUGUGGUGGUGAUUUUGAACCCCAAGGAGAACAAGCAGCAGCACAUUCUUAAUACUGCCAGGAAGUCUCUGAGCGCUCUGGCCUUCUCCCCUGAUGGAAAGUACAUAGUGACGGGGGAGAAUGGGCACAGGCCUGCUGUACGUAUCUGGGACGUGGAAGAGAAGAGUCAGGUGGCGGAAAUGCUGGGCCACAAGUAUGGCGUGGCCUGCGUGGCCUUCUCCCCCAACAUGAAGCACAUUGUGUCCAUGGGCUACCAGCACGACAUGGUGCUCAACGUCUGGGACUGGAAGAAAGACAUCCUGGUGGCCUCCAACAAGGUAUCAUGCCGGGUCAUUGCCCUCUCCUUCUCAGAGGACAGCAGCUAUUUUGUCACUGUUGGGAACCGGCACGUGAGGUUCUGGUUCUUGGAAGUGUCCACCGAAGCAAAGGUGACGGGCACGGUGCCCCUGGUGGGGCGCUCAGGCAUCCUGGGUGAGCUGCAUGACAACGUCUUCUGUGGUGUGGCUUGUGGCCGGGGCCAGAUGGCAGGCAGUACCUUCUGUGUGUCCUACUCGGGCCUCCUCUGUCAGUUCAACGAGAAGAGGGUGCUGGAGAAGUGGAUCAACCUGAAGGUCUCCCUGUCUUCCUGCCUCUGUGUCAGCCAGGAGCUCAUCUUCUGUGGCUGCACUGACGGGAUAGUCCGCAUCUUCCAAGCCCACAGCCUACAGUACCUCACCAACCUGCCCAAGCCGCACUACCUGGGGGUGGAUGUGGCCCAGGGCCUGGAGCCCAGCUUCCUCUUCCACAGGAAGGCAGAGGCCACCUACCCGGAUACAGUGGCGCUGACCUUUGACCCCACGCACCAGUGGCUGUCCUGCGUGUACAAGGACCACAGCAUCUACAUCUGGGAUGUCAGAGACAUCAACCAAGUAGGCAAGGUGUGGUCGGAGCUCUUCCACAGCUCCUACGUCUGGAACGUGGAGGUGUAUCCUGAGUUUGAAGAUCAGAGAGCUUGUCUACCAUCAGGAUCUUUUCUGACUUGUUCCUCAGACAAUACCAUCCGCUUCUGGAAUAUGGACAGCAACCCUGACUCUCACUGGCAGAAGAACAUCUUCAGUAAUACCCUGCUGAAGGUCGUGUAUGUGGAGAACGACAUCCAGCACCUGCAGGACAUGUCACACUUCCCAGACCGGGGGAGUGAGAACGCGAUGCUCGUGGACGUGAAAGCUGGUGUUCGAGUCAUGCAGGUCAGUCCUGAUGGCCAACACUUGGCUUCAGGCGACCGAAGUGGAAAUCUGAGGAUCCACGAGCUGCACUUCAUGGAUGAGCUGGUCAAGGUGGAGGCCCACGAUGCUGAAGUGCUAUGCCUGGAGUACUCUAAGCCGGAGACAGGGCUGACUUUGCUGGCCUCGGCCAGUCGGGACCGACUGAUCCACGUGCUGAACGUGGAGAAGAACUACAACCUGGAGCAGACCUUGGAUGACCACUCCUCAUCCAUCACGGCCAUCAAGUUCGCUGGCAACAGAGACAUCCAGAUGAUCAGCUGUGGCGCCGACAAGAGCAUCUACUUCCGCAGUGCCCAGCGGGCCUCAGAUGGACUGCACUUUGUCCGUACCCACCACGUAGCUGAGAAGACUACCUUGUAUGACAUGGACAUCGACAUUACCCAGAAGUAUGUGGCCGUGGCCUGCCAGGACCGCAAUGUGAGAGUCUACAACACCGUGAACGGGAAGCAGAAGAAGUGCUACAAGGGCUCCCAGGGUGACGAGGGGUCCCUGCUGAAGGUCCACGUGGACCCCUCCGGCACCUUCCUGGCCACGAGCUGCUCUGACAAAAGCAUCUCAGUGAUUGACUUCUACUCAGGCGAGUGUGUUGCCAAGAUGUUUGGCCAUUCAGAAAUUGUCACCGGCAUGAAGUUCACCUAUGAUUGCCGUCACUUGAUCACCGUGUCGGGAGACAGCUGUGUCUUCAUCUGGCACCUGGGCCCUGAGAUCACCAACUGCAUGAAGCAGCACUUGCUGGAGAUCGACCACCGGGAGCAGCAGCAGCAGAACACAAAGGACGGCGCAUGGAGCGCCCACCCCAGACAGGAGAUAUAUGCAUCCGUGCCUAGUGAGAUUUGCUCCCUGAGCCCUGGAGAGCAGACGGAGGAUGAGCUGGAGGAAGAAUGUGAAUCUGAAGAGUUGCUGAAGACCCCAUCCAAGGAGAGCUUGGAUCCAGAUCCUCAGUGCCUGCUGACCAACGGCAAGCUGCCGCUCUGGGCGAAGCGGCUGCUAGGAGAUGACGACGCCGCAGACAGCACAGCCUUCCAUGCCAGGCGCAGCUACCAGCCGCAUGGCCGCUGGGCAGAGCGGGCUGACCAGGAGCCUCUUAAGACCAUCCUGGAUGCCAGGGACCUGGACUGCUACUUCACCCCCAUGAAGCCCGAGAGCCUGGAGGAUUCCAUCCUGGAUGCGAUGGAGUCACAGAGACUGGCAGGCCUGCUGAGCGAGUCCGAGAAUCCCCAGGAGGAUGGCUGCGGGCACCCUUCCUUGUCACCCCCACAGCGAGAGUCUUCUGAGGCCAGCGAGCUCAUCACCUGCCCCCCGGAGACAGAGGUGACAGUCACAGGGAGGGACAGUGAGUACUGUGCGGAGGAGGUAGUGGAGGCGCGCGGAGACCAGCAAGGGAACCCCUUCCUCCCGGUCCCCUCAAUCGGCUCGAAGGACCGGAGUCCACCUGAGGACUCAGGGGAGUCAGAGGCUGACUUGGAGUGCAGCUUCACCACCAUCCAUUCCUCUCCUCCACAGCCAGACCCAGAACCUCAGUUUGACACAAUGCCCCCCAUACCAGGAUGCCCAGGGACUGCAGGAGAGUUGCCCAGGCCCGAGGUGCCAGGCAUAUCCAACAGCUCCCUGCCCCAGACCCCUGAGCAAGAGAAGUUCCUCCGCCACCACUUCGAGACGCUUACUGAUGCCCACCCUGAGGAGCUCUUCCUCGGAUCCCUGAGAGACCUGAAAGCCCCUGAGACCGAGGAUGACUUCUUCAACCCCCGACUGAGCAUCUCAGCCCAGUUCCUCUCCCGCCUUCAGAAGACAUCCAGGUUUCCCCACACCUUCCCUUCCCGACUUCCCCGGCACCUCGUGAAGUCCUCAGAGGUCAGACUCACGGACCUCCAGGGCGAGCCCCCAAGAGUGGGUGCUGGCUCCACCUCCCCAGUCAGGACCAACGUUGUUCCUGGAGGAAAGGCUGAGGAGACGCUGGAGGUGUGGGCCCCACUGUCCCCCUGCCUCACGGGCCUGGCGCCCUGCAUCCCCUCCUCCUCUGCGCUGCCCACAGACAAGAAGCCACCAGCACCCACAGCCCUACCCGCUGCAGGCCUGGCUCACGGUGUCCACACCCCCACCACCCGCUCCCACAUGGAGGCCACUGCCAGUUCCCAUGCCAAGAUGUCCCGCAGCAUUUCCCUGGAGGAGCUGGCCUCCCUGAGCCAGGAGUGCCAGGCUGUCACCACUACAGUGACACACAGUUCUGACAGCGAGGGCCGAGAACCUGCCCUGCCCUCCCGGGGCAACCAUGAGGCCCGCGCCAGCCUGAAACUCAGCCUGUCAAGCAUCUGUGACAGGCUCUUGCUGCCCCCACCCCAACUGGAGCCUCCCACCACGUGUGUCUGGUCCCAGGAGCCUGUGGACACCGAGUGCAAUGUCACUGUUACGACAGAUGGUUUCCCAGCCCACAGCCCUGCAGAUGGGAUCACCUCGAGGCUGCACAAGUCCGCCUUUCUCCCAAGGUUCCUGGCCCCUGUGCACCUCGAUACGCCUGUCCUCCCCGACAGUCCCCCGCUCCCAGAGGCCAGGCCUCGGGUGCUUGGCAGCAUCGCCUCUCUCCGGGAGCCCAGCCCUGAAGUGCCCAGUCCAGUCCAGGACUGCCCUGGACACUGGGAGGACCCCAGGGCGCCAACCAGCUUCCUGCCCCCAGACCCCCUGGAGCUGAGCAAUGUGGGGACUGUCGUGCACAGACUGCAGGCUGCCUUCCAGGAAGCCCUGGACCUUUACCACCUGAUGGUCUCCAGUGAUGAGGUGAACGCCGAACAGCGGCAGGCACAAACUGAGCUGGCCUCCACUUUCCUCUGGAUCCACAGCCAGUUAGAGGCUAGUGACUGGCUGGUGGGGACGGAUGUGGCCACAGCCCAGGCCCCGCCCAGCCCAGGUGCUCCCUCCCCGCCUACCCUGUGCCCCCUGGCCAGCCCGGAUUUGCGUGCCCUGCUGGAACACUACUCAGAGCUGCUGGUGCAGGCCGUGAGGAGGAAGGCACGUGGGGACUGA